UGAAGAUUAGUCAGAUGCCUUCUGUCCAUUCCCUGCCUCACAUGCUAUGUCAUGCAAGCUUUGGAACACUUAGAACAUAAUUUAAACGAAUGACUAAUUUGGCAAGCAUAAUGGAAGGCACACAUACCAUCCUUCAAUUGCACAAACCCAUUAUGGAGCUUUGUUACAUCAGCUUCUAUCAUCCAGAGGGGAAAGUCACAGGAUUUACUUGCAAGAGCUCUGGAACUCUGGAUGGAACCAGUAAGAGUUACUGUGGCUGCUAUCAAGCAAGGGAGAGGUUGGACAUGAACCUGAGAGAACUGCCAGAUAAAGACUGUGGAGUUAUUAUUUUCAAGCAAACUACCACAAAAGACCUUCUCAAUGAAAUGUACAAACUAACUGCUGAAAAGGAAAAACUGUUAUCCAGUGUUUUGAGAUCUCAUCAUAUUCCAGACCUUAAGGCAGGACGUCAGGAGGAAAAGCAGCAGGAUGUUUCCGGAGUCCCGAAACUUAAAGGUGAUAAUUACUCCAGUCUUACACAUCAGCAGGAGUUAUUGCUGGAUUCUACAAAGAGGGACAAUUUGAAUCACAAAAAAAUGAGGAAAUACAGAAGGAAAGAGAGCUUUGAGGAGAUCAGACAUCGGAAAGAGGGAAAAAAGAUACAAGAACAUCUAUUUUUACUGAGUGCACAAGACAUGCAACAGAAAAAUAAGAAGAUGGUCUCCACAAAACUUUCUAUCAGGAAUUAUCCCAGCUCCUUUUCUCCCUCCAGCUGGCUAACAGUAAAAGGUAAGGAUAAUUUACCAGUAGACAAUAGAAUACAACCAGAAAGGUGGACAGAAGAGGGGUAUUUUCUUAAGAGCAACAAAGCUGUGAAAUUGGAUGUUGACUUACCAAGUUCUAGCUCAAAAGACAUCAAUGAUGUUGUUGCAGUUGAACCAGUGGAUAAUGGAGAAUGCAUUCCUGAAGUUACCAAGGUACAACAGAGGACCACUUUGGUGAAUUCAUCUCAGUACAGUCUGUCUAACAAACUUGAGACAUUAAGUAAAUCUGCAGCUGCUAAAAUCUUGAAAAGUAGCAAGUAUGCUGAGCCAGUAUGCAAGGAGAAACCAGGAAUCACAGUUCUUGCUGAAGUCCAGGAUUUAGACACCUGUAUUAAAAAAGUUACCAACCUUCCUGCAGAGUCUUUACAUGAUCCUCACAGAGACAAUGAAACCAUUUCUCCUGCUCUCACAACAGCACAUAAUGAGUUUAUAUCAAGAACUAAUGUAUACUCUGUAGAUGAAGCUACUGGGGAUUCUAAUAACAGUGUGCUGGAGGAGAAGGAGGAAGAUGGCUCUGGUUUGCAGUACAAAGCAGAGAGAGUGCACAUUACUGAUGAGUCAUGCAACCUUGUGGGAGCUGUUAAUAAAGCUCUUCUGAAAGUUAUCCGGAGCGACAGUUUAGAUGAAGCUGCAGAAUGGAAGAGGCUGCAACAAAUUACAAGAGUAGACAGAAACCUGCCAGGCUCACUAUAUGAGAAAAGGACCACGGUAUCCCGGGGAAACGGCAAGCAUUUAUUUUUGAACCUGCCUGUAAAUGAAAGUCCUGAUAUUCCUCAGACAAGUAAUAAUCUUAAACUGGAAGAGAAAAGGCUGCAUUCACCCCCAUUAGCAGCAGUGAGUAAUGUUUUUAGUAAUUCAUAUCCUCUAUCUAAUACACACAAACAAAUGUCUCCUAUUCCUUCUCCGUUAUCUUCGAGACUGCCUAGCCCGCAGCUGCACCACCGCAUCCUCCCGCUACCAGCACAGGGCACCGAGGACGAAUCC